GCGGGGUGGUUUGGGGCGGUAAUUUAAUUACGCGCCCGGGAAUUGGCGGCGAUCGGCAGUAACUUUAGCGUUUGAAUGCACGCUUACAAAAGAGAAAAAGUGUCUUUGGAGGGGUUGGUGGAGUGUGAGGUGAAUGUGCCGAUUUGAAACCAAAGGUCAGAGAGCGCUGCGUCUCCCCCAAGGAGCGUAGCCCGCAGGCCGGGCGGCCGCCUCUGGACUGUCCGGAGACAACAUGGCGGCCCCCGGAGCCCGAAGCUGCAACCUGUCGGGCCUGCUCCCGGCUCAGACUUCGCUGGAGUACGCCCUGCUCGACGCCGUCACCCCGGAGGAAAAGGACAGCCUGGUCUACCAGUAUCUGCAGAAGGUGGACGGCUGGGAGCAGGACUUGUCAGUGCCCGAGUUUCCGGAAGGGCUAGAAUGGCUGAACACAGAAGGGCCUAUUUCUGUCUACAAGGAUCUGUGUGGAAAAGUGGUUGUCCUUGAUUUCUUCACCUACUGCUGCAUAAACUGUAUUCACCUCCUGCCUGAUCUCCAUGCCUUAGAACACACCUACUCUGAUACAGAUGGUCUUCUGAUUGUUGGUGUUCACUCAGCUAAGUUCCCAAAUGAAAAAGUCCUGGAUAACAUCAGGAGUGCUGUUCUUCGAUAUGACAUCACCCACCCCGUGGUCAACGACGCGGAUGCCAGCCUGUGGCAAGAACUGGAGGUGUCCUGCUGGCCCACUCUGGUCAUACUUGGACCCCGUGGAAACAUGUUGUUUUCUUUGAUUGGGGAGGGACACAAAGAUAAAUUAUUUUUGUAUACUUCAAUAGCUUUAAAGUAUUACAAAGACAGGGGACAGAUCAGAGAUAACAAAAUUGGAGUAAAGCUCUAUAAAGACACUUUGCCGCCCUCGCCACUGCUGUUUCCUGGCAAAGUCACAGUAGACCAUGUUUCUAAGAGACUGGUAAUAGCAGACACUGGACAUCAUAGAAUUUUGGUCGUCUGGAAGAAUGGACAAAUUCAGUACAGCAUUGGAGGACCCGAUCCUGGAAGAAAAGAUGGAAUAUUUUCAGAGUCAACUUUUAAUUCGCCACAGGGCGUAGCCAUAAGGAACAAUGUCAUCUAUGUGGCAGAUACGGAAAACCACCUUAUAAGAAAGAUCGACCUGGAAGCUGAGACAGUGAGCACCGUGGCUGGCAUCGGGAUCCAAGGCACAGACAAAGAAGGCGGGGCCAGAGGGGAGGAGCAGCCCAUCAGUUCCCCCUGGGAUGUCGUUUGGGGAUCUUCAGAUUCAGAGGUCCAAAGAGAUGACGUUCUGUGGAUAGCCAUGGCAGGGACUCACCAGAUCUGGGCCCUUCUGCUGGACUGUGGCCGACUCCCAAAGAAAAGUGAGUUGAGAAAAGGGACCUGCCUGCGGUUUGCCGGCAGCGGGAACGAAGAGAACCGGAACAACGCGUACCCUCACAAGGCGGGCUUUGCCCAGCCGUCAGGCCUCUCCCUGGCCGCGGAGGACCCCUGGAGCUGCCUGUUCGUAGCCGACAGCGAGAGCAGCACGGUGAGGACGGUCUCGCUGAAGGACGGCGCCGUGAAGCCCCUCGUGGGAGGAGAGAGGGAUCCCACGAAUCUCUUUGCUUUUGGUGAUGUUGAUGGAGUAGGAAUCAGUGCAAAGCUUCAGCACCCACUCGGAGUAACGUGGGACAAGAAAAGGCAUUUGCUUUAUGUGGCAGACUCUUACAAUCACAAGAUUAAAGUUGUGGAUCCAAAAACAAAAAGCUGUAUAACAUUAGCAGGAACUGGAGAAGCAAGUAAUGUCAGUUCCAGUUUCACCGAGUCAACUUUUAAUGAACCAGGAGGCUUGUGUAUUGGAGACAAUGGCCAGUUAUUAUAUGUAGUGGACACGAAUAAUCAUCAAAUUAAAGUGAUGGAUUUAGAAACAAAAACAAUUUCUGUGCUCCCAGUCGUCAAGGCUGGAACUGCUGUGGUAGAUGGCCCGUCCCCAGGAGCAACCCAGAGGACGGUACCCACACUACCCAGGUCAGCUCCCAGCAUCACACUUGCCCCGGUGGCUGCCUCUCCAGGACAGACCCUCCAGUUCCAGCUCAGACUAGACUUCCCCCCAGGAGCAAAGCUAACUGAAGGGGCACCCAGUUGCUGGUUUCUGACAGCUGAAGACAACGAAUGGCUCCUUCAAGGACAGGUGGCAUCUGGAGAAAUAGAGAGUGUCUCCAACCAGCCAACCAUCUCACUGCAGAUCCCCGGGCACUGCUUGUCCCCCGAAGCCGUCGUGUCUGUCCGCGUGUUCCUCUACUACUGCAGCGCGGACGGCAGCGCCUGCAUGAUGAAGGGGCUUCUGUUCACUCAGCCCCUACGGAUCACCGGCGCGCAGCCGCGGGGCGUGGCUCCGGUGGAGCUCAAGUACGUGUUUUAGCGCGCUGGCUGGCAGGCGGCCUGGCCAGCGCCUCCGCCUCCGCCGCCUGUGCUCCGCCCGCGCAGCACUGUAAUUCACGGCGAGGAUCCUGACUUCUGCCUCCGGAUACCGAGAAGCCCACUGCUCAGUUCAAGCACCUGACGUUCAAGUACAGCUAUGCUCCUUAUUUAAUUAUUUAUUGUAAACAAAUUCCUUCCUUCUGGCCGGGCACCAGCUAAGCCACUGACCAUCAUCUGAACCUCAGACGCUGCAAUCUAUGCUGCUGUUGCCACGUGACGUAGUCCACACUGACCGUAGGGAACAUUAUCCCGAGAUAAUUUGCAGUGAUUACUGAUAACAACGACACCAAAUAUUUUAACUAACUUUUUCUACCUUGAACAUUGAGCAGCACACUUGAACAUGUAGAUUUCACAACUUGAAAGGGAACCCAAGAUUUGGUUUCCACGUUGGUUGUGAGGGCACCUGACAUUCCAGGCGGGAGGUCUUUUCUAAGCCCCUCCCCCAAAAGUCUUUGUCACGGUAGCAGCUCUAGGAGUACCUGGGUGGUGAAGGUGUUCUGUGUGCUCUUCUGCAGCUUUCUCAGUUGACAUACACUGAAAAGAGAAUUUGUAUCUAUUUUCAUCAUGCUACUUGCUAUUCUAAAUGACCAUCAUUAAUGCCUUAUAACUCUACACAGAAAAGUGUCUAAGGACAUACAGACUCGCUCCUCACCUGCUUUCGGAGCAAACAGCCUUACCAGGUAACAAAGGAAGUAGGGCUCCCGAGGACCGAGGGGCUUAGGGACGUGGUACUGGGAUAAACUGUGAUGACAAAGAACCACGGCAGCUCGAUCUGGUGUCAGUGGGUAUGUGUGUUUCAGAAAUUUACAUUUCACUCAUAAGCAUUAAAUGCAGAUUUGUUGGAUUUUGGUAUUUUUGAUUCCCAUAAUCAGAAUUUAAGUUACGACCAUUUAUUGUGAUGUGUUUUUUUUAAAUCACUUUUAAACCUUUCAAUUGAACAUUUCAUUGUGUUGCACUUUUAUGCUAUCGAUACGUAUAGAAUACCCUAAUGUGUUACUCUUUAAAAUAUUAAGGCUGAAAUAUACAGGGAUUUGAUAACAUUGGGGUUUUUUUAGCCCCAAAUAUGUUGAAAGUUUUUAUUAUGAUUUCCCUAUAUAACUAUUUAAAAGCCUAGUCUUGUUUUUACUAAAACUGAUUCAACAUGUUUGUGAUUUAAUCGGCUUACAAGGUUUU